UAAAAACUGCCAUUGGCUUAAGGGUCAGUGGCAAACUAUAUGUGUGUAAAAGGUGUGCUUUUAAUGAAUAGUGUAGGUGUAGAUCUAAUAGACCUAAAAAAAUAAUCGAUUUCCUAAUAGGAUUCGAUCGUAAUUCGUAACAAGGAAAAUUUUUAGUAAAAAUUACCAAAAAAGUAUGAUACUGUGAGAACAUGAGUUUGGGUUUGGGUAUUGAGCAAACAAAAUGAGAACCACUGACGUUUAAAUCAGUGAACUGCAGCGAACACGUGUGACGCAAGCAAAUUAAGUAAAUUUGAAAUUAUUUAAAAUAAUUAACACAAUAAAAUAAAUAUUGACACGUGCUAUUACAAAUAUUUCAUUUAAAAACAUAAUGACUGAAGAAAGUGAUGAUAUUUGGAAAGAAUUAGCCGAAAUACCAGCAGAUCCACCUGAAAUGCGUGAUCAAUGUUCACAAUGCAGAAGACCAAUUACUGUUUGUUGGUGUCCGGGAUUACCUAAAACUCGUUUGUGUCCUCAAUCACGACUAAUUAUUCUCCAACAUCCUGCAGAGGUUAAACGGUGUCUUCGCACUGCUCCAAUGCUUUCAUUGUCUUUAGAGCAAAAUAAAUGUCUUGUAUUUCGUGGUAAAAAAUUUUCAUCAAAACAUGAAGAUCUUAUGGAAAUUUUAAAAGACAAAGAUACAAUACUGCUUUAUCCAUCAGCUGAUGCUGUUGACAUAAACGAGCUUCCUAAAGUCGGUGUCAAUGGACAAAGACCUUAUAAUCUUGUUCUACUGGAUGGCACUUGGCCUCAAGCUAAAGCUAUUUAUCAUUCUACUCCAUAUUUAUCACAACUAAGAGCUUGUAAAUUGGUACAAAGUAUGGCAAGUAGUUAUGUUAUAAGGACACAACCAACUGAAGGAUGUUUAUCUACACUUGAAAGCGGUGCAUUUUCACUGGCUAUUCUAGAAAACCAACCGUGGUACAAAGAUGCAAUGCUUGGUCCACUGCAUUAUCUUUGCAAAUUUCAGUUGGAGAAUGGAGCAGUGACGCAUCAGAGUAAAGAGUUUUUAAUCAAACAAAAAACGUAUCCUAAAUUAGUGGGUAAACGACUAGCUAGACAAUUAAAAAUAAAUUCAAAUGAAUUGCAUAAUUAAAUACUUAGAUAAUUUAUUAAAAUAUAAAACUUAUAAAUUGAUAAUUACAAAAGUAUGUAAUUAAUUUAAUUUUUAUAAAAUUUUAUUAAUAUGUAUAAUAUAUUUUAUUAUAAUGUGUAUAUAAUAAAACAAUUUUUUUAUUUAAUUA